AUAGGGAGCGCCGGUUCGCCGAGCCCACCAAUGGGCAGAGGCGGGGGGCGGGCGCAGCGGCGCGGCGGGGCCGUGUGCGGGCGGAGCGGCGGCGGCGGCGGCGGGGACCCGGCGGAGACUGCGCUACCGGCGGAGACUGCGCUACCGGCACCAUGUCUAUUAUGAGCUAUAACGGCGGGGCCGUCAUGGCCAUGAAGGGCAAGAACUGCGUGGCCAUCGCCUCGGACCGGCGGUUCGGCAUCCAGGCGCAGCUGGUGACCACCGACUUCCAGAAGAUCUUCCCGAUGGGAGAGCGGUUGUACAUCGGUCUGGCGGGGCUGGCCACCGACGUGCAGACCGUUGCCCAGAGGUUGAAGUUCAGGCUGAACCUGUACGAGCUGAAGGAAGGGAGGCAGAUCAAACCCCAGACCUUCAUGAGCAUGGUGUCCAACCUGCUGUAUGAGAGAAGGUUUGGACCUUACUACACAGAACCAGUGAUUGCUGGGCUGGAUCCCAUCACCCAUGAACCUUUCAUCUGCUCCCUGGACCUGAUUGGCUGCCCCAUGGUCACCGACGACUUCGUGGUCAGCGGCACCUGCUCCGAGCAGAUGUAUGGCAUGUGUGAGUCCCUCUGGGAGCCUGAUAUGGAACCUGAUCACCUCUUUGAAACCAUCUCCCAGGCCAUGCUGAACGCAGUGGACAGAGAUGCCCUGUCCGGGAUGGGAGUGGUGGUGCACAUCAUUGAAAAAGACAAAAUCACCACCAGGACCCUGAAGGCUCGAAUGGAUUAGCCCCAGGGCAGCUCAACCUCUUCACUCCCCAGCCUGCUUGGACCUCUUUUUUUAAAUAAAACUCUCUGUUGUUGUGAA